AAGAAUUGAAGCAUUUGUUUUGAAAAAAGAAAAACACAUUUAAAGAAUUACAUGGACUUUGCAAACAGAUUUAAGAAAAUGAAAGUAAAAAUUUGAACACCAUCCAGGCUACAGAGGUUGCAGUGGAUAAGAAGUUUAAAAGCUUUGGUUCAAGAUUACAGGAGGCUGCAAGAAAAAUUAAAGACAUGGAAAUGAGGAUGGAAUGACAGGCUGCUAUUUUGCCUCAGAAUACUGAAGAUUGUAAAGCAUUGAGAAAUCGAAUUCAUGACCCUGGAAAUCAAGCUCAGAUUAAGAAAUGUCAGGCAUUCGACCUCCGAUCAUGAAUGGGCCCAUGCACCCGCGCCCUUUGGUAGCGUUGCUGGAUGGCAGGGAUUGUACAGUAGAAAUGCCUAUUCUGAAGGAUGUAGCCACAGUGGCAUUUUGUGAUGCUCAGUCUACACAAGAAAUUCACGAAAAGGUACUAAAUGAAGCAGUGGGUGCACUGAUGUAUCACACUAUCACUUUAACACGAGAAGACCUGGAGAAAUUUAAAGCACUUCGAAUAAUUGUCCGAAUUGGCAGUGGUUUUGAUAAUAUUGACAUCAAAUCUGCUGGAGAUUUAGGGAUCGCAGUGUGUAAUGUGCCAGCUGCCUCGGUAGAAGAAACAGCAGAUUCUACCAUGUGCCACAUUCUGAACCUGUACAGGAGAACCACCUGGCUUCACCAGGCUUUGCGAGAAGGCACGAGAGUACAAAGCGUUGAACAGAUUCGGGAAGUGGCUUCUGGAGCUGCCAGGAUCAGAGGGGAGACCUUGGGAAUUAUUGGAUUAGGGCGUGUUGGGCAAGCAGUAGCACUACGUGCCAAAGCCUUUGGCUUCAGUGUGAUUUUCUAUGACCCAUACCUCUCAGAUGGCAUGGAGCGUGCUCUGGGACUGCAGCGGGUGAGCACUUUGCAGGACCUGCUGUUCCACAGUGACUGUGUUACCCUGCACUGCAACUUGAAUGAACACAAUCAUCAUCUUAUUAAUGACUUCACCAUAAAGCAGAUGAGACAAGGGGCUUUCCUGGUCAACACAGCUCGAGGUGGGUUAGUAGACGAAAAAGCACUUGCACAGGCCCUGAAGGAAGGAAGGAUACGAGGGGCAGCCUUAGAUGUACAUGAGUCAGAACCAUUCAGCUUUAGUCAGGGCCCCUUGAAGGAUGCACCAAACCUGAUCUGUACCCCACAUGCAGCCUGGUAUAGUGAACAAGCCUCAAUUGAGAUGCGGGAGGAAGCAGCACGAGAGAUCCGAAGGGCGAUCACAGGUCGUAUUCCAGACAGUCUGAAAAACUGUGUUAACAAAGAUCAUUUGACUGCAGCUACACAUUGGGCCAGCAUGGAUCCUGGAGUUGUUCAUCCAGAGCUUAAUGGUGCUGCAUACAGCAGGUAUCCCCCAGGCGUUGUAAGCGUGGCUUCAACUGGCAUACCUGCAGCAGUAGAAGGAAUAGUCCCCAACCCUAUGUCUUUAUCACACGGCCUCCCUGCUGUAGCCCACCCGCCCCAUGCUCCUUCCCCCGGCCAAACUGUCAAACCAGAAGCUGAUAGAGACCACCCAAGCGACCAAUUGUAGCCUACAAAAACAGCAUUCCCAACAUCGGAGAUUUCAACGUCAGCGUGUGGAAAACAAACAAACAAAACAAAACAAAACCCUGGAUUUUGAUUAAAGGCAAAACCAUGAACUUACAGGAGGAGACGAUUAUUGGUUUAGAAACUGGUCCAAUAUACAGUAUAAAAGGAAAAGGUGGGAGACAAAAAGAAGAUUUGGAAACAUUUUUUCCUCCGUAUAAAUUGUAGUUUGUCCCUGUCCAGUGGACUGAUUCACUGUUUCUGUGUCCUAUGGGUUCUUUGUUAAGCAAGAGAAGUUAGUAGUUAAUUAUAUCAUGAAUGUACUUGUCUGUGUACAGUUUUUAGAACAUUAAAAAGGGUUUGUUUGCUUAGCUGUCAACAAGGAAAAACAUAAGGGAGGCAUUCAACAAACCAAUUUUGAGAUUAAAAAUCCUUUCUUUUAUAUUUUAAAACAUGCCCAAAAAUGAGGCAGUUGGCAAACUUCUCAGGACAAUGAAUUUUUCCCAUUUUUCUUUCUACGCCACACAGUGCAUUGUUUUUUCUACCUGCUUGUCUUAUUUUUUAGAAUAAUUUAGUAAACAAAAGAAAAACAGUUUCUCCUAAUUUUGGCAUGAAUUCCCUUAUUUCAAAAUGAAGACAACCUUGCAAAGAGAUUUUGAGGAAAAAAAAAAUAAGGUUUUGUAUAAACGAGCAUUGUGCUUUUUGUCACCAGUUAAAGUAUAUAUUAUUGGUGGUAUGCGAA